AAUUAUUACGAAACCUUUUACCACACAUUCGGCACACCUCGAAGCCGCGGGACCAUUUUAUCGAGUGCGUAAAAAGCCAAAAACUCACGCAUUUCACCACACACACCGAAGUGACGGACCUUUGAAGUAAACACUGAAAACUCCCGGCAUUGCGUACGGCGAACAUAAACAAUCCAUUUUGUUUUAAUGUCGAAUUUCACAACUUUCCGUACGCUAGCUGCAUUCGGACGAAACGUUUUCGGUCGCUCUCAGUAUUGUGCAGUGUUUCCAAAUCAAGUAAGUAAUUCGCUAAAACAACACUAAACGCACCUGUUAUGGUUUCGGCGAAAAGUGUCCUUCUGUCCCUAGCGGGUGCAUUAAUAGCAUACGGUGCGAAUCGGUUCUACAGUCAGUCUACGGCAACACACGGAUCGCUCGACGGCACGAUGGAAGACUACAAGAACGCAAAGUCGGUGUAUGACUUCACCGUAAAGGACUCGCAGGGGGCCGAUGUUAGCCUGGAGAAGUACCGCGGCAAGGUGCUGCUCAUCGUCAACAUUGCCUCGCAGUGCGGCCUAACCAAGGGCAACUAUGCCGAGCUGACGGAGCUAUCGCAAAAGUACGCGGACAAGGACUUUAAAAUUCUUUCCUUCCCGUGCAAUCAGUUCGGUGGCCAGAUGCCGGAAGGUGAUGGUGAGGAGAUGGUGUGCCAUUUACGUUCGGCCAAGGCAGAGGUUGGAGACGUUUUCGCUAAGAUCAAGGUGAACGGUGACGAAGCGGAUCCGUUGUACAAGUACCUAAAGCACAAGCAGGGUGGCAUUUUGGGUGAUUCCAUUAAGUGGAACUUCUCCAAGUUCCUGGUGAACAAGGACGGGCAGCCGGUGGAUCGCUACGCACCGACCACGUCACCCAAGAGUAUCGUUAAGGAUAUCGAUAAGCUGUUGGAAGCGUAGAAGGGGAAGGUACUCGUUACACCAGUAUUGCUACCGGCACCCGCGUUCACAUCACGAGCUACGACGAUAAGCAUUUAAAUUCGUGUCUGUUUCGCUUUCCUUCCUGCACUACCUUUCCUUCUAUCCUCUCUAGCAUGUGCUUUGUAGUUGAAGAAAUAAACAUUCGCGUGUUUUGAUGUGCGCGAUUCCUCCCGUA